AAUGUGAAACUGUCGUCUUCUCGCGCGGAGCGUCUAGCUAUUGUGCCAAUCUUCAAAUACAAUCGCCACGGCUCAUCCAUUUGCCGCCACAAAUCUGAUAACCACCACGCCAUCAUCGCGCUACCAGGGUCGACAUGGAUCCCGACGCAGAGGUCACGUUCGAGUUCGUCCCCGUGAUCCGGCAGUACAAGAGCGGCCGUGUGGAGCGCCUGCUCCCCGUCAAUCCGGUCCCACCCUCCGUCGACGCCGCCACCGGGGUCGCCUCUAAGGACGUCACCGUUGACAAGGCCACGGGCCUGUGGGCGCGCCUCUACCUCCCAGACCCAGAUCUAUCCGCGCGCCCCGACGGCGACAUGCGUCUCCCUAUCGUCCUCUACUUCCACGGCGGGGGCCUCGUGGUCGGAUCCGCGGCCGACGCCCCCGAGCACGCCUUCGUGAACCGCCUCGCAGCGCGGGCCGGCGCGCUCGCCGUGUCCGUGGAGUACCGCCUGGCGCCGGAGCACCCCGUCCCCGCCUGCUACGACGACGCCUGGGCCGCGCUCCGGUGGGUGGUGGCGCCGGCGGCCGACCCGUGGGUCCGCGACCACGGCGACGUGGCGCGCGUGUUCGUGCUCGGGUUCAGCGCCGGCGGGAACCUCGCGCACAACCUCACCCUCCGCGCCGGCUCGGAGCCGGACCUCCUCCCCCGCGGCGCCCGGGUGCAGGGGAUGGCGCUGCUGCACCCGUUCUUCCUGUCGCCGCCGGCGCCGGGAAGCGAGGCCGCGGAGGGCGAGGUAGCGAAGUACGCGUGGGUGCGCGCCAAGCUGGCGGAGAUGUGGGCGUUCGCGUGCGGCGGGUGGACGGCGGGGCCCGACGACCCGCGCGUGAACCCACUCGUGGACGGCGCGGCCAGCCUUAGGCGCCUUGGGUGCGCCCGGGUCCUCGUGUGCCUCGCGGAUGACGCGCUGGCUGCUGAGGGCAAGGCCUACUACGAUGGCCUGCUGGCGAGCGGGUGGGCGGCGGCGGACGCCAAGCUGCUGGACUCCGCGCCCGCGGACCACGAGUUCCACCUCCGCGAGCCCGAGAGCGCCAAGGCGGUGCUCCUCAUGGACCGGCUGGCUGCGCUCAUCUCCGGGAACUAGCAGUAGCAGUAGAGUCACACGCACGUCAACGGAGCUGACGCAAGAGCGUACGUGCACUUGCUGCCAUUGAUGUACUGGAAUUGGUCAAACAAUUCCAAGUUCUAAUCGGAACGAUAUAAAAUGCUGACCUAUAAUAAAGAACUUAUUCUCAGUUCAGGCCA